AGCGAUUUUUUUUUGUUUUGCACAAAUGUCAAACGUUUUACCGCUAAAACACCGACAGUCUUGUUAUUGUUAAUUGCAAUCGAAAUCCGGGACGAUCAGGAAUUUGCAUAAAAUAAACAUCGCACAGAAAAGCUGAAGAAUGGUCGAAAAAAUUCAAGACCUCAAUCUACCGACAGCUGUCGUAACCAGACUCAUAAAGGACGCUCUACCCGACGGAAUCAUCAUUGCCAAAGAAGCGAGAAUUGCGAUUAGUAAAGCAGCUUCCGUUUUCAUAAUUUAUCUCUCGUCGGCAGCUAUAAAUGAAGCGAAAAAAUUGAAACACAAAACGAUGACACCGCAAAACAUAUUAGAUGCACUGGAAGAGAUUGAAUUCGAAAGUUUCAUCGAACCGCUGAAGGAGUGCUUGGAGGUGUACCGAAAGAACAUGAGGGACAAAAAGUCGAGCAAACAGGCGAACGAUAAGGACGAUAAGGACGGCGAUGCCAAGGAUGACGAAGAAGAAUUCGAAGCAGACGAAGUGGAGGAGAAAGAUGAAUGAUUCCGAAAAUUGAUUUAAUUAAGUUGCUCACAAGAGCGGAAAUUUGUAAUUUAUUUUGGUAAAUGGUAAACGGCACCGGAGAAAAUCAA